GAAAACGCAAAAAGGAAAACAAGAACCAGCCAGCGAGAAGCUGAUGAUCAUGGACAUUUGAAGAAAGGAUUGUAUUACUGGUGAGGCUUCAGUGCAAAGAUGGCUGAAGUGGGAAAUGACGAUAGUGACAUCACCAAAGAGAAAGGGCAGAGCAGCAGCUCCCCUGCCAAGGGAGACCACUCUCACAGUGAAUCUGGAAUUGAAUGCGACCUGGUUUCUCCUGUGAAGCUGGGGGCCAUUGUUAUAGAUGGAGCUAGUGCAGAUUCUUCCCAUUGUGUUGACAGAGAGCAGGAGGUAAGUGGGGCUGUAGAGGAGGAAGACAACCACCUUAGUCUGGGUUUCAUGAAAAAGGACGACAGUGGCAUUGAUAUCAGUAGAUCUCCCACCAGUGGAAAAGACAGCUCAAUCCUCUCGGACAAUAAUGAGUCCCUUAGUGACAGUGGUGCAGGAUCUAGGACUAAUUCAGUCAGUGAGGCCUCUUUAUCUAAAGACUGUAUGCAGAAACCUUCAAAGGGUGGAGGCAAGACAUUUGUAACCGAAACUGAAAACAUGGACACCGAUGAAAACAAUCAAGCAUGUGCACAAAAAGUCUCCUCCUCAUCAGUGUCUUGUUCGGAAAAUGAUGAAAAGGACAGCGAUGACAGUGUAGAUGAUUCUGGCCAGUCAAGUAGAGUAAGAAAGUUGCGCGAAUCGAUACGACGGAGACUCCGUGACAAACGCCGAAGACACUUUCUCUUGGAUAGUGAUGACACCGACAGUGACAAUGACGAUUUAUCUCCUUCAAAUCAAGAGAACGCAAAAACCAAUGAUGAUUCUGAUGAGGACAAUUCAGAUGAUGAUGACGAUGAUGAUGAUGAUGAACACUCCAGUGUGAAAAAGGCAAAAUCAUCUAAAGAUAAAAAAGCAGAUUCUGACUCGGAGGAAGAUAUUAUGGUGGAUAUGAGUAAAAAGCCAAAGCAAAUUUGGCGAGCAUUGUAUGACUGUCGUGAUAGGGAGUAUGGCUUCAAUAGUCGUGUGCCCCCUGCCAGCUUCAGGGAGAAAGUGCAAGGUAGUCUACAGAUGGUACAGAGGUUUGAUCUACAGUAUAAAAUGGAAUACCAUGAAGGUUGCGUGAAUGCUCUCCACUUCAACAGAAUUGGAACAUUACUGGCCAGUGGAUCCGAUGAUUUAAACAUCGUCCUGUGGAACUGGAUAAGAAAUCGUCCUGCACUUGUUUAUGACAGUGGACAUCGUAGCAACGUCUUUCAGGCAAAGUUCAUGCCAUUCAGUGGCGACUGCCAUGUAGUGAGUUGUGCCAGAGACGGCCAGGUGAGACUAGCUGAGCUGUCCCUCACCGGUAUAUGUAAGCAGACCAAGAAAUUAGCACAACACAAAGGUGGCGCUCACAAGCUGGCCCUGGAACUUGACUCUCCUCAUGUAUUCCUAAGUUGUGGUGAGGAUGCAGUUGUGUAUGAAAUUGACCUGAGGGAGGACAAGUCAAAUAAGCUUGUCCUCACAAAAGAAGGGGAGAAAAAGGUGCCUCUCUAUUCCAUCCACUCCAAUCCGGCAAACUCCAUGGAGUUCUGUGUAGGGGGUCGAGACCACUACAUCAGAGUCUAUGACAAGAGAAAAAUCAACAGUAAUGAAGAUGAUGGUCUACUAAAGAAAUUCUGUCCCCAUCACCUGGUGAGCAGCAACAUGAAAGCCAAUGUAACGUGUGCUGUGUAUAACUACAAUGGAACAGAAAUCGUAGGAUCUUAUAAUGAUGAGGAUAUCUACCUGUUUAACAACUCCCAUUCCAGUGGUGCUGAACACACACAUAGAUACAAGGGUCACCGUAACAACGCCACAGUGAAAGGCAUCAACUUCUAUGGGCCACGGAGUGAGUUUGUCGUCAGUGGCAGCGAUUGUGGCCAUAUCUUCCUCUGGGACAAGGAAUCUGAACAAAUUGUCCAGUUCAUGGAGGGGGAUGAGGGUGGAGUGAUCAAUGUCCUUGAGCCACACCCGUUUGCCCCAGUACUCGCUACCAGUGGCCUCGACCACGACGUCAAGGUAUGGGCUCCCACUGCCGAGGAGCCAACACAACUGGAUAAGCUCCGGAAGACAAUGAAGAAGAACCGGAAGGAGAGAGAAGAAGAAAUGGUGAAUGAACCAGACAUGAUAGAUGGACAAAUGUUGUGGUAUAUUAUGCAUCAUAUCCGCCGUGCUCAGAGACGAGCAGAUCAGGACGGAACAGAAGGAGAUCAGGCGUCUAGCUCCAGCGAUAACAGCGAGUAUGAUACCGAAGAUUCAGAGGAGAAUGCCCCUUAUAGAAUGUCCUGUAAUCCCUCAUAAACAUUCAACUUGAGCACAGAGUCAAAUAGAAUGUUCAACAUUGAAGUUGGGUGAAAUUUGCACAAUUGUUGAAUUUCUCCAAAAAUAAGAUUUCAACAGUUUGUCAUAGAAUUAAUUUUUGACUACGAAGAUAAAUAUUUAUAAAAUCUGUAUAUUUGCCUGAAUUUUAUCAAAAUGUGACAUUAUUUAUUUUGGUUUUCUGAUGCUAGGUAGGCCAGAUAAAUGAAUAUGUUUCAAAUCAUGGUUUCAUAUCUUCUUAUGUCAUGGAGCGAUGUCUGUCCAGCUUCAGAUUUUCUCUGUUAACACGUUCUUAAUAUUACACCAAGAGGCCCAAAGAAGUGAUAUUGAACCUUUAACAGCUGUGACGAAGAACUGCAAAAACUUUUCUCUGGACCUACUUUCAAAAUCAAGGAGUCCCUUUGCUGAAAUCUUUAAACCAAUUCUUGUCAAAAACAAAGAGGCCAAGAGACAUAGAUUAGGCAUGUAGCUUACUGGAAUGUUAGGCUAAUAAUGACCUUGACCUACUUUCAAGGUACAUCUGUCAAAUGUAAAUCUGUUGAACAACUUGUCAAUAAUUCUGGGAACCUUGGUAAUAAGUGGUCGAAAGCAUCCUGGCUUGAAAGGGUUGGUACCCUUUGUUCAAAUGAAUGACCUUGACUUACUUAAAAAUUUAUUAUAUGGACUGGGAAAAUGCUCAAUUAAAGUGCUAAAAAGUUUGUAGAAAAAUUAAUAGGUAACUGAAACUUGUUCUCAUAUUAAAAUUAAGUGGUAUUCAGCUUAACAUCAACAUAAAUGAUCUAGAUUAAUCUUUAAAGUUGCAUUUAUUUAGUAGCAGGUGAGCAGUGCUGGCUCUUUUGGCCUCAUUGUUUCUCAAAAUGUUUGUGGUUAUAUUGACAUGAAAAUUACUCAGUGUUUACUUGGUGUUAAUAAAUACAGUUAUUGCAAGAAUUCGUGGAGAGAAAAAUUAGAUAUUUCAUUGAGAAAUAACGGACAGGAUUGUAAGACUCACAGAGUAUGUUUCGCCAUUUGUUGUGAAAAUAUAAUCUGACAUGUAUACCAAGUGUUAUCAAAACUCAUGACUUAAAACAUUUUCGAUUUAGUGACAACUUGUGUUGUCCAUAUUUAUGCGAGGUUUGUAUGUGACAGGUGCAAUAAGUUUGUUAUACAUCAAUACUAUUUCUACGUGAUAUUGUAGCCGUUCAGACUACAAUGUUAGAAUUGAAGUAUGAAGAUGAAAUGCUAGUGACAAUGAUGUACAAUGUAAUUAUCGGGCAAGUGAAAAAAAAGAUUUCAGGUGAAGAGGAAAUGUUGUUGAUGUCCAAAAUGUUUUUGGUUGAUUUAAUGUUGAUACAGUAGGAUAUGAAACUGAGAAUGUCACUGCCAGAUAUUUAUCAUACUAAACUUGUACACUAUGGGAGGAGUGGGAGUGGGGAUAAAUACCGAACCAGCCCAUGCCUAGUGCUUACAUUAUUCCUGGGCCUCUAGGUCAAUUGAAAGUUUUUUGAAGGUCAACAUUUUGUCAAGAGAAGUCUUUAUCAAUGUCAGAUGCAAAAUUAAACAUUCAUUUUAGAAUUAACUUUCCCUCGUAACAAUUCCAGUUAUUCUGAUAGUGGUUUGUAGUAGAGUUUACAGUUAACAUAUCAUUUAAGAAAUUCCGUGAAAUUUGCCAUAACUGCAUUUAGAGUAUCAGAAUCUCAGUAAACCUUCUUUCAUUUCAUUUCCUUUAUCGGUGAAACUGGGAGAUUAUAGGUUUCCUCUCCGUCCGUCGAACGUGCGUAUGUACGUAACCUCAGAAUUUGUCACUUCUCCAGCAGGGGGUCGCAGUGGCCGAGUGGUUAAGGUGUCCCGACACUUUAUCACUAGUCCUCCACCUCUGGGUUGAGAGUUCAAAACCUAUGUGGGGCAGUUGCCAGGUACUGACCGUAGGUCAGUGGUUUUUCUCCGGGUACUCCGGCUUUGCUCCACCUCCAAAACCUGGCACGUCCUUAAAUGACCCUGGCUGCUAAUAGGACGUUGAACAAAAUAAACCAAUAAGCUCUCCAGCAGUUUCAUUCCUUGAGAGACUUUUAUUAAACUUCACGCAAUGAUCAAGAACCAUAAUUCUCCAGAAAAGUUGGACUCUCAGGGGUUUUGGAUCAAGGUCAAGGUCACUGUUACUAUUUUUAGCUGGGCCGGUAGGGGACUUGUAUUGCUUUUAGCAAUACCCAGUUUCUGGAUUUGUCCUGUAAAUCAAAACCUGUCAUAGAUACCGGAGUGUACACUGAUCAUGUGACAGUAAUUAGUCCAGGUCAUGUGAUCACUCCUGUUGUGACCUUUGCUGAAGGACAAAGUUCUUUGUCGAGACAAUUGAUCAUUCCUUCAUUGUCCUGUUAAAUAUCACAACAGAAGAUAAUUAUCAACAUGCAGUGAUGAAACUGGUACCAUAAAUCUACUACAACCUCGUUAUUUAUAGACCUGAAAAUUAAAAAAGUUAUUUGUCAAAAAAUUUUAUGAUAUAAUCCUAAUGCAUGCAUCAUAACUAGAAUAUUGAUAAUGUGAUUUGUUGUAUAGAGAUACAGGUGAAAAUUAAUUUAUUAAACCACAUCUCUCACUCUUAGACGACAAGCUAGUAGACAGUUAGGAUGGGGUCACAAGCAAAUAAGGAGACUUCCAGUUUCAUCAAAACUAUUUAUGUCUUCAACGUUAAUAUGUUUGGGUGGGGUCACGAGCUAGUAAUUAGGAGAUGCCGUGUUUGGGUGGGGUCACAAGCUAGUAAAUAAGGAGACGCCAUGUUUGGGUGGGGUCACAAGCUAGUAAAUAAGGAGACGCCAUGUUUGGGGUGGGGUCACAAGCUAGUAAAUAAGGAGACGCCAUGUUUGGGUGGGGUCACAAGCUAGUAAAUAAGGAGACGCCAUGUUUGGGUGGGGUCACAAGCUAGUAAAUAAGGAGACGCCAUGUUUGGGUGGGGUCACAAGCAAGUAAUUAUGGAGACGCCAAAUUUCAUUAUUUAUUUCUUGAGCUUUCUGACUAUAUAAUUACUGUAUUUGGUGUCAGAACUCCUUAACAACACUAAAUACACCACUUGUAUAUUUAAGAAGUAACUUGAUAUGUGCUGUGAUAGUUUAGAACCUGGAUCUCAAAGAUUUUGGUGAGUUUUGGGUUUGUCAGUAUUAUAGAUCUCAAAAGGAAUUCUGAUGAAGAGAAUAUUCACAAUAACAUUGAUUUAUAGAAAUCCUUAACUUUCGUUAAAAAAAAAAAAAAAAAAGUUUACUUAUCACAUAGGUUCCUGCAUCAUUCAUGAAAUGGAACCUUGUUUGAUUAUGAUUAUGAUUUGUUAAGAUGAACUUUGAAUGUGUAAUUUGACAUAUGACAUCAUGUAAUGAUGAAUUGAUGCCAUGAACAUUUACCUGUUGUGAUGUCAUGAAAUGAUAUUUAAGUCACGAGCUUCAAGUUUUUGUUGAUAUUAUAUGUUGCUAUGGAAUUACUGUUGCCAGCAGAGAUGGCAUGAUUUUGCACUUCAAGAAUGAGCUAGAAAGCAUAUUUUUGCAGUUAAUGUAUUCAAAGAAUUUUUGAUAAAAAAUGUAUUACCAAAAAUGAUUGUCAAUUUGUUUCUAUUUCUAAAACAAUUUAUGAAACAAUGUAAGAAUUUUGUUCAUUUUAGUUUGUUGGAGACUUGCAAAUGUUUCGUCAAUCUUGUAUGGAUUGAAAUUCGUGUUCAGUCAUAAACUUUUUAUUUUUGCUGCAUGUCUUUUGAUUUAUUUAAUGUCUUUUUCUGUAACUUUACAUGCUACUUGAAGUCAUUAAAGCUCUUACCCGGCCACUAAAGUCUGCUAGUAUGUACCUGAUCACAGAAACAAAAUGUCAAUUUGGAAAAAAAAAAUGUCAUUUUACAACAAUGCUGAUACACUCAUUGGCCUAGAUGUGAUCUGUAAGCCAAGAAAGGUCAUUGUUGAUGUAGUUUUUCUGACCACCUUAUGAGUGGCCCAAGAAAGGGUUUUUCUGACCACCUCUGAGUGGCCCAAGAGAGAGAUGUAUCAUUAUUGACCUUUAGGUGAUCAAUGUUAGCCAGUGAAGGUCAUUGUUUAUGUUUUUCUGACCACCUAUUAGUGGCCGGAGAAAGAGGUAUGUCAUUAUUUGUCGUAUUUGAUUUGGAAUAGGUACAAGGAGCAUGCAUGCAUCUGAUUUUAAAAGGUUGAAUUGUUCAAAUUAUGUUUGGUAUAUUUAUUUAUGAUAUGUCGUCUGUUGAAGAGCCUUGAAUGUGCAGUGUUUAUUGCAAUUUGUCGGAAAAACUAUUAUGAACAUUCUUGUAUAUAUAUUGAAAGAUGAUAAAAUUAUCUGACAGUUUGCUAUAUAGGUAUAUUAAAGCAGCAUUGUAUGACUGGAUAUACUAACAUUCUGUGAACAGUGGCACUCAUUGUCUACAGACUUAGAAGGUGUGUCAAUCGGGGUGUCUACAGACUUAGGUGUGUCACUCAGUCGACAGACAUAGAUAUGUCACUCAGUGUCUACAGACUUAGGUGUGUCACUCAUUGUCUACAGACUUAGGUGUGUCAAUCGGUGUCUACAGACUUAGGUGUGUCACUCAUUGUCUACAGACUUAGGUGUGUCACUCAGUCGACAGACUUAGUUAUGUCACUCAGUGUCUACAGACUUAGGUGUGUCACUCAUUGUCUACAGACUUAGGUGUGUCAAUCGGUGUCUACAGACUUAGGUGUGUCACUCAGUGUCUACAGACUUAGGUGUGUCACUCAUUGUCUACAGACUUAGGUGUGUCAAUCGGUGUCUACAGACUUAGAAGGUAUGUCACUCGGUGUCUACAGACUUAGGUGUGUCACUCAGUGUCUACAGACUUAGGUGUGUCACUCAGUGUCUACAGACUUAGGUGUGUCACUCAGUGUCUACAGACUUAGGUGUGUCACUCAGUGUCUACAGACUUAGAAGGUGUGUCACUCAGUGUCUACAGACUUAGAAGCUAUGUUUUAUCAUAAGUGUUGAUCAUGUUCCUGAAGUAUUGGUCUCUCCAUGUCUAGUCGCGGUAUUAGAGACCUUUCAAUAAUUGAGAGAGUUUGAAUUAAAUUUUUUGAGUAAUAAAAUAUUUGACAAAACCAU